UACUGUCCCACCGACUGUUCCCAUACAACUAAAGCUUCCUUCCCUACACCCACGACAGCUCUUAAUACCCAACGUUAGAGUUUUCGUCGUUUCAUUGCAACCACAUCACCAUGUCGAAGCGCGGUAGAGGUGGCGCCAGCGGCAGCAAGUUUCGCGUAUCGCUCGGUCUCCCCGUCGCGGCCGUCAUGAACUGCGCGGACAACACGGGCGCCAAGAACUUGUACAUCAUCUCCGUCACCAAGAUCAAGGGCCGUCUGAAUCGUCUCCCGGCUGCCGGUGUUGGCGACAUGGUUCUCGCCACCGUCAAAAAGGGAAAGCCGGAGCUCAGGAAAAAGGUCGCACCAGCUGUUGUCAUUCGUCAGCGCAAAUCUUGGCGUCGUAAGGAUGGUACAUUUUUGUACUUUGAAGACAACGCGGGAGUAAUCGUUAACAUCAAGGGCGAAAUGAAGGGUUCGGCUAUCACUGGCCCGGUCGCAAAGGAAUGCGCUGAUCUCUGGCCUCGUAUCGCAUCCGCAGCUGGUACAAUCGUCUGAGGUCUGGGUUGUCGUUUGUUAAUUUCAUGUUUCGGAGCAAGUGUAUUAGUGAUGCAUUUAUCCUGUUACCGCGUUGCUACUGCUGGGUUUUAGGCUUAUUGUCUAUGCGCAAUGAUGUCAUUAAACGAAACAUGUUUCUCACA